UACAGCUCGAAACACGCGAGGAAAGUGCUGUCGACAGUGCAAACCAAGCUAUUGGACUCAUCGAUUACUGCACUCGUUACCUUAUAUACUUAUAUAGCAUUUCGAAUCGUGCUUUGACGAUGCCCCUCCCCUGCCAUGUUGUGUACAUCUUGGCUUCCAUUUCGUCCGUAGCAGUGGCCCACGGCUGCACUAAAGUAUUUGAACCCAACACUGACUACUGGGGCAACGACAUUGGCUCGACGCGGCAGCCGUCCCCUUCCAAUUGCUGCUACGACUGUUCGUCAAACCCCUUGUGUGUGCUCUUCGUGUGGCACCUUGGCACGUGCUAUCUCAAGAACAAGAAAGGCCCUGCCGGCAUCGCGGCGGGGACUACAGCCGGGGUUGUGUCCCCCCAAUGCUUGGCCAUUGAAGCCGACACGGAUUACUCCGGCAACGACGUUGCUUCCACCCAUCGAGUGAAUGCUCGCGACUGCUGCGCCGACUGCACCGCCAACCCCAAGUGCGUCGUAGCCGUGUGGCACCAUAACACAUGCUGGCUCAAAGGUCACGUGGGCGCCAAGUCGACGCUGGUUGGUGCUCGUGCGAUCUUUCCACGACGAUACGGCACACCACCACCGCCAUCCCCGCCGCAACCGACACUGCAGUUUCGCAACCGAUGCAGUUACCCCAUUGAGCUGUAUAAAGUCGACCGAUGGGUGUGCACGUUGUCGCCCAAUGGUGGUGGAUGUGACCAGUGGCUAAGCACUGGGGAGAACCCCAUGUUUCGACACACCAGGAGCGAACAAGCCACGCUGGUCGAGUUCACGCUGACUGCCAGAACACUCUGGUUUGACGUGAGCGUGGUACCGCCCAACUGCCGCGACGGCAAAAGCCACGACGAGUGCCUCCGCAACAACGGGGGACGCACGGGGUUCAACGUCCCAGUGUCGAUGACCCCCCUCAAGUACAACCAUAACCCCGCCAAAGGCAACUGCCGCGACAUCACGUGCCUGGCAGACAAGUGCCCCCAGGCGUAUGUGUACCCCACGGACGACCUCAAGAUGCGCGAUUGCCCCGCCGACGAGUCCAUGUUAGUCACGUAUUGCCCUUAAAUCUUAGUACACAAUUGUGCCGUGUUGAAUCGUUGGGGAUGGCUUGUGAAUCUAAGGCUAGUCCCAAAAAGAAAAACAAAUUAACAGGCC